ACUUCCGGUACCGUUCGUGCGCCAUCUUUGACGGCUCUGUUAUUUUUGUUUUCACAAAGUACAGAAAAGUAUGAUAGAACACUAAAUCCCGUUAAAUAACACAAACAUAGAUUUCGUUUUUGCAUUUUAACAGUAUUAAACUGUAGAAGUCGUUGGGAAAACAUUUUACUGAGAUGUCACUUGUGGAUUUAGGAAAGCGUUUGUUGGAGGCAGCGCGUAAAGGCCAGGAUGAUGAAGUGAGGUCUCUUAUGGCCAAUGGAGCACCUUUUACCACAGACUGGCUGGGGACCUCACCACUUCAUUUAGCAGCACAAUACGGCCACUACACUACAGCUGAAGUGCUCCUCCGUGCCGGGGUGAGUAGAGAUGCUCGCACUAAGGUCGAUCGGACCCCUCUCCACAUGGCUUCUGCAGAGGGCUUUGCAAGCAUUGUUGAAUUAUUGGUCAAGAGUGGAGCAGACAUCAACGCCAAGGACAUGUUGAAAAUGACUGCCUUGCACUGGGCGACAGAACACGGUCACAGAGGGGUCGUAGAGCUGCUGAUCAAAUAUGGUUCUGAUACUCACUCCCUCAGCAAGUUUGAUAAGACGCCAUUCAACAUUGCAGUGGACAGAGGAAACACUGAGCUUAUGUUGUUAUUACAGGAUGGAAUGCAGAACCAGGUGAACAUGAAUCCAGAAAGAACUAUCUUAGGUAGUUCUCCAGCCACUGCCAGUCCUCAGUACAUCAUCUCAUCAGCAGGAGGGGUCAACCUCUCUGAUAUUGUUCUCACUAAUGCUAAAACAAACACAGGAGCUGGAGAGAGUGCAGACUCUGUGGACUCGACGAUCCAGCACCUUGUAGGAGAAGAUGGCCAGAGAGUGAUUACCAUAGUAACAGACCAACAAGGCAGUCUUGGACAAAAAUUCUAUGUCACAAUGCAAGGACAACAGAUGGUUGCAGUACCCGCCGGACAGAUUUCUGAAGAAAUCGUAAUGGAGGACACCAAACCGCUUUCAUCACGCAAGAGGAAGUUUGAAUCAUCACUCAACCACACAGAUUCCAGACAUAAGGAUGUUACCGAGAAAGACAGCCGGGAACGAUUGGAGCAGCAGCUAAAAGAAGCCAACAGAAAAGCCCAGGAGUAUCGGCAACAGUUACUAAGGAAGGAGCAGGAAGCAGAACAGUACCGGCUUAAACUUGAGGCCAUUACCAUACGACAAACCAAUGGCAACUGCACAGAGCCUCAAGAGGAAGUGGUCCUUCAGGAAGAGGAAGAGGAAGAGGAGGAGGAGGUGGUUGGUGGAGAGGAAGUUGUCAUGUUCUCAGAAGGGACCAUCAUUAUUAAGGAGGAGGCCCUUGACUCUACAGAAGGAGAGACGGUGACAUUUGUAGAUGCAGCAGAUAUUACAGCCACCUCUGAGGUCACACCGUAGCAGUAAAUCCAAAGACUGAAACACUCAGGAAUCACAUAAACUUAACUAGUGUGUGUACCUGGAGUGCCAUGUUGUAUUUAUUUAUUGUAAAUCAUAACCAUUUGUUUUUUAUCCAUUUUUACUUAUUUUAAGGAACAGUUGGGAUGAACUUCUGGAAUGAUUUUGCAUAUAGGUGGCCCCAGCAUCAAAGCUGAACCCUUCAGAUUUAUAGGAAUAGAACAGAGAGAGUGUGCUUUUUACCACAAGUGGUUGAAGCAGGUUAUGUUGGUUCAAGUGAACCAGCGCUCAAGCCACAUUAUUAAUCUAAUUCUUUUGUAAAGUACACUAUGUGACUGCUUCAUAUUGCUUCACAAUUCACUUAUUUAACAGUGAAUGGAAAACAAUGGACUUAAUUGGCAGAAUACCAAGCAUUUUGCAAAGUUAAGGCAGUUGUUAGCUUUGAACAGUAGUUGAAGUUCGCUAGUUUGAAAUGGGUAAUAAGUCAACCCUAAGUAGCUGUUAAUGUACUUCGUAAAAACACUUUAUUGGGAUUUUUUAGUGGUUGCUAAGACUGUUAUUCCCUUCUGAUGAAUGUUUUGCUUGUUUUUAUCUUACAUUGUUUCCUUUGUUUUGUUAGAUACACUAAAUCACAGUUGCAUUGCUUUAAAGAAUAUGCGGCAUUACCUUGCACGUGUGUCUGUUUUGACAUCAUCUGAUAUAUUGUUAAAUGCUGCUCUGUCUCCAGAUGUGAGCAGCUUUUACAGUUGUUCUUGCAGUGACGUUAUAUCAUCAGUUGUGUUGAAAAACGUCAUUUCUUGCAGCAUGACAAUGAAAUGUUUUAAAAUGUGAAUGAAUAUGAAUAUUGUUUUA